AUGGGCAACACUCUCAUGCCAGCUCUUCAAUCCCGAUCAACGGAUUCUUCCAUCUUUAGCGGUGGAGAAGAUGAAUUCUUGUCCUCCAAUAGAAAACUCUAUCGAUUACCUUCUCUGCAACAUGUGUUUGCGAAAAAUCAUUACAUUUUUGUAGCUCUUUAUAGAAAACGAUCACUCAACAAAUUUACUCCGAUAUUAGAAAUUGAUUUAUGGGAAGAGUGGAUGAUGAGUGAAAGUAAAGAAGCAGCCGCUUCUUGUAAACAUCGGGAAGAAAAGUAUCCCUUUAUGAAAUUAAUUGAAAAUUCUGUAUUGCCGUAUUUAGGACAAGAAGAAGACAAGGAGCAUUUGAUGAGAAAAUAUUCCAAAGCGAAUAGUGUGGAUAAUAUGAAUAAUACGAAUCAACAAGUUCGUCAAAAUCAUGAUUCAGAAUCAACUAAUAAUCUCUCCGAUGAGAGUAUGAUGGAUCAUGCUUCUUCAAGAUUAUCAGUGAUGGAUCAAACCGAGAAUGUACGAGUUGAAGAGUUUCAUUUCAUGCAUCCCAAUGAUGAGGAGUCAACCAUUCAUAUUGAUGUGGUGACUUUGAAGAGAUCAAAAAGUUUGAAUGAUCAAGGAAAUUGGAUUGAGUCGACGAGUCAUAAUUUAAGCGAUAGCGACAUGAAAAUUACAUUGGAUGAUAUUGAAAUCAUUGGAGCUGUGUGUGACGGCGUGAAAUUGGAAAGAAGAAGAUUAUUCAUGAGUCAGCUUAAAGAAUUGUGUGAAAAAUUAUUAAUGGAAUAUUAUUCGACGUCUACAAAUUCUUCCAACUCGUCGUCUGUGGGGUUAUCAACGACGAAAAAAGAAAAAGCAUUAUCGUCCUAUUCAGAAGGUGAAGAUCAAUUCAUGAAAAAGAUGUUCAAACCCAAGACUGUAGAAUUGAUAACAUGUGACAGUCUGAGGUAG